GUGCCCCGCCAAGUCUCACCAACAGACUUCCUCCGAUCCGGCAGUUGGAAAGCGACAACGUUUCGUUCUCCUCCGGGUAGUUGCUCCCCUCUUCCUCCACGUUCUUCGGGAAAGCUCGGGGGCCUCUCGCCGGAUCUGCAGCUUUCCGGCGGGAUUCUGACGCCGAUCCAUGGAGGCUCACGGUGCAGGGCUCAGCCGCGUCCUGGUGCUGGCAUUCUGCGUCGCCGGUAUCUGGUCGGCCUACAUCUACCAAGGAGUUCUUCAGGAGACCCUGUCUACCAAGCGGUUUGGCCCCGAUGGGAAGAGAUUCGAGCAUCUCUCUUUCUUAAACUUGGCUCAGAAUGUUGUCUGUCUGGUCUGGUCAUACAUAAUGAUAAAGAUGUGGUCCAGGAGCUCGGGUGGAGCCCCGUGGUGGACAUACUGGAGUGCCGGCAUCACGAACACAAUUGGACCGGCAAUGGGUAUUGAGGCGUUAAAGUACAUCAGUUACCCUGCUCAGGUCCUAGCAAAAUCCUCGAAGAUGAUUCCUGUGAUGCUGAUGGGAACUCUAGUUUAUGGUAUACGAUACACCAUUCCCGAGUACAUUUGCACUUUUCUUGUUGCUGGAGGGGUUUCUAUGUUUGCACUUCUAAAGACCAGUUCAAAGACCAUCAGCAAGUUGGCUCAUCCAAAUGCACCUCUAGGUUAUGGGCUUUGCUUCCUGAAUCUCACAUUCGAUGGUUUCACAAAUGCUACUCAAGAUUCAAUCAAAGCAAGAUACCCAAAGACGAGUGCCUGGGAUAUAAUGUUGGGCAUGAAUCUGUGGGGCACCAUAUACAACCUCAUCUACAUGUUUGGGUGGCCUCAUGGGAUCGGCUAUGAGGCAAUUAACUUUAGCAAGCAGCAUCCUGAAGUGGCCUGGGACAUCUUCCUUUACUGUCUCUGUGGAGCAGUGGGUCAGAAUUUCAUCUUUCUAACUAUUAGCCGGUUCGGCUCUCUUGCUAACACCACCAUCACCACCACCCGGAAGUUUGUGAGCAUUGUAAUCUCCUCUCUAUUGAGCGGCAACCCUCUGUCAACGAAACAGUGGGGAUGCGUCGCAAUGGUCUUCUCUGGGCUCUCCUACCAGAUCUAUCUCAAGUGGAGGAAGUUGCAGAGAAUGCAGAAGAAGAGGAAAUCCAUGUAAGAGAGAGACGACCGAUCCCUGACAACUUUUGGCGAGGAGUCCGGUCCUGUUAUAUGGAUAUAUGGCUAGUUUAUCGUUGAAGCCGAAAUUCGGUAGACAAAGAUUAGAGUAUAGCAAUUUCUAUGUUGAGUAGUGAAAAUGUAACUUUGGGUAGGUCUCUUACUGGGAAAAAAAAUUUGCCUUUCUUUUUUUUUGAGUCUAUCUUCGGAUGUGCUAUCGACAUUGUAGACUAUCCCAAAAGGGCAACUGGAAUUCGAAUUCUCUGUUGUGGGAAUUAUCUUACUAUGCACGACUUAUGGAUUGAAUCAGCCCGUAAAAAUUUAUGUUGUA